AUGGCGAUGGCGAUGCGGCUAUUGGCGGCCAUGGCCGUCAUGCUGUGCAUGAAGGAGAUGAGGGCAGAUGAGAAGAGGAGUGAGGAUCAGCUCUCAGACUCCACCCAUACCUCACCUCCUUCCUCCACCAUCGCUUCCUUAAGCACCUUCCUGACCUCUCGUCGGAUGUUCCAGGACAGCGCUCUGCUGUGGGCGGCGGCUGAUGGACAGUGUGAGGAGAGCGAGGCCGGGGCAGAGGAGCAGCAUGACGACGAUCAGAAUAUGAUGAAGGACGUGUGGUGGGAUCUAACACUGGUUGAGAGCUCCUUCUCGUCAUGCCGGCAGCAGGCAUGGAUCAACGACACGCAGCGCUUCAAAGUCGGAAGGCACGAGGAAUUCUCCGUCUCGAGGCUGUCGUGCAGAGGGAGCGAUCAGUUUGAACCGCCGGAGGACUCCAUGAGAUUGAUCGUCCUGGUCGACUACGAGCUCGGCACAGUAGACUCGUGGCGCCAUGCUGACCUGCUCGCAGCAUGGCUAGUGGAGCCAAGGGUCGUGUGUCCGUCUUGCUACGAGUAUGUCAAGAACAACCGGCACAAGUUCGACCUGAUCUUAAGUCACGAGGACGAUUUUGUCGUGCAAUCAGGAGAGAAGGGGAUGUUUGUGAACGCGGCCGUGCCCUCCAUCGACCCAUCGCUGUUCCUCCCCGACAGUUUCUUCCGAGACCCCUCGGACGCGUCUGAGUUGAUGGGGACGAAGAGCAGGCUGGUUUCAGCCAUCGUCAGCUCCAAGAGGUCUACGACAGGACAGCGACUCCGACACGACGUCCUGGCGUCGCUAGGAGGGAAGCUAGGUGAUAUCUACGGCGCCGGGCACAGGCCCCUCCCGGAGAAGCACUCUGCGAUUGGUCCCUACCUGUUCCACUUGGUGAUCGAGAACAACAGGAGGGAGUGCUACUUCACUGAGAAGCUUCUCGACUGCCUCGUCCUCGGGACCGUCCCGCUCUACUGGGGGUGCGAGAGGAUCGGGGACGUCUUCGACGAGUCGGGUCUGCUCUCCUUCCAGACGGUGGAGGAGCUCGCCCAGCUGCUGGACAACCUGAGCCCUGAGCUGUACGCCGAGCUGUAUCCUUCCGUCCGGCGGAACUUCCUGCUGGCCACCAGGGCAUACACGGGAAUGAGCCCGAUGCAUCAGCUAUGGCGGUCCAAGGGGAGGAGGAUGUCGAUGGAUCUUCCCCGUGUGUCCGUCGUCAGCCCAGCCAACGACUCCUCCUCCCCGGUCCGCGGAGCCCUCGAGCUGGACUUCGCCGUCAAGGGCUCUUCCAUCCUCAGGCUCGGUGCGGCUGAGGAGAUGUGA